AUGGCUGACGCCAAACCCGCCGUUCUAAUUGUCGGUGGCCUCGGCUUCAUCGGUCGACACCUCGCACUAUACCUCCACGAGAACAACCUAGCCUCAGAAGUCCGCUUAGUAGACAAAGUCCUCCCACAAUUGGCCUGGCUAGCUCCCGAAUUCGAAGAAGCAUGUUCCAAGGACAAAUUCGUCCAGGCAGAUGCCAGCCGUGAACGUAAAUACCCCAAUUCCCAAAACAAAUCCCCCAAAGCAAAAUUCUCACCCCAUCCAGAACACUUCCCGCGCAUCUUCGACAGAGCAAACGGCAAACAAUUCGACUAUGUAAUCAAUUGCGGCGGCGAAACACGCCACUCCCAACCCGACGACGUCUACGAAGUGCGCAGCUACGCCCUUACCCUCGCCCUCGGCAAAGAAAUCGCCCGACGCGGUAUCCCCGCCUUCAUCGAGACUUCCACAGCGCACGUCUACAAGGGCGGCUCAACACCACGCAAAGAAACAGACAAACUCGCACCCUGGCAUAAACUCGCCGCGUGGAAACUAAAGGCCGCGGAUGAAUUACGCAAAAUUCCAAAUCUGCAGUACUGCGCCCUCCGUCUGCCCCACGUUUACGGAGCCUAUGACCCCGGCUACUUCGCAACGGGUAUUUGUCUUUCUGCCGUUCAUGUCGAUCUUAAGCAGGAUUUGGUUUUCUUGCAUACGAAGGAUCUGAAAAUUAAUACCCUGCAUGUGAAGGAUGCUGCUAGCGCGUUGUUUGAGGCUGCUAAGUGGCGCGCUGGGAAGGGGUUCAUUGACCCCAAGGAUGGGGUUGUUGCUUUCAAUGUUGUUGAUCACAAUGAUACGAAACAGGAACAUGUUGCUAAGGCUUUGACGGAGGUCUUUGGUCUUAAGGUUUCGUUUAUCGGGUCGCUUGCUUCACAGCUUGCGAAGCUGAAUCUUGAUGAUGUCGUUGAUGAUAUGAAUGAGGUCGGGUUGCAGACUUGGGCUGAGCUCAUUGAGAGAGCUAAUAUCACCCGGCCUGGACCGAUCAGUCCGUUCUUGGAACGUGAUACUCUUAAGGAUGAGGACAUGUCUCUUGACGGGUCGAAGUUCGAGACUGAGGUUGGCUGGAAGCCAAUGUACCCGAAUUUCGGGGCUGAUAGUGUCCGCGAAAUUGUGGACAGCUAUAAGCGCAUGGGCUGGUGGCCAUGA